AUGGCGUCUGUUCUGCUAGUAUUGUUAUCGCUACUCAUCCAUUCAAAUGCCGUAGAAGAAGCUUUCGAUGUACGCCAACACCUUUCUACUGUGUCCAGAUACAGUGUUGUGAAAGACAUUGCAGACGGUUCAUUUGUACCAUCGAAGAUUCCAGAUGGCUGUUUUCCUAUCCACUUAAAUCUUGGGGCAAGGCAUGGAACUCGUUCUCCUACCAAGAAACGGAUUAAAGAGUUGGACAACUUGGCAGCUCAUCUGGAGGUGUUACUGAGAGAAGCCGAAGAACAAAACCUAUCUUUGGAAAAACUUCCUGGUUGGUUAAAGGGUUGGAAAUCUCCUUGGAAAGGAAAACUGAAAGAUGUUUAUGCAAUAAAAGCAACACAGGUCCCUCGGGCAUCAGCCAGUGCUGUGGCAUUUGGCAUGGGAUUGUUUAGUAGGAAAGGAAGUCUUGGACCAGGGCGUCAUCGAGCUUUUGCUGCGUUUAAGAAGAGUCAGGAGCCGGCUGUUGAUAAGCUUAAGGAACCUGUUUAUGAUGAAAUUACUUCUGCAGUAAGAAGGCGCUACAGGCUGAAUUUUACAAGGCAUGAUACAACUUCUCUGUGGUUUCUGUGCAAACAGGAAGCGUCCUUGUUGAAUAUUGUUGAUCAAGCUUGUGCACUUUUCAGCCCUUCUGAGGGGUAUGGUAAAUCAAUAAACUAUAGAAUGGGAGUGCCCUUACUUGAAGAUGUUGUGCAGUCCAUGGAGCAGGGUAUUGAGGCUGAAGAAGUAAAACAUGCUCCUGGCAGUUACGAAAAGGCAAGGCUAAGGUUCGCACAUGCAGAAACUGUGGUUCCAUUUUCAUGCCUGCUUGGACUUUUUCUUGACAUCAUCUGGUGUUAUGUUCUCUAUAUUUCAGAAUUUCAAAAAAUACAGAGGGAACAGUCCUUGCAACUCCCUCCAAAGCCUCCCCAUAAGAGAAAUUGGAGGGGCAAUACUGUGGCACCUUUUGGUGGGAAUAACAUGCUGGUUCUGUACAGUUGUCCAGCCAACACAUCAAACAAGCACUUUGUGCAAGUGCUGCACAAUGAACAUCCCAUUCCAAUGCACGAAAGAAUAGUUACUCCUCAUUUGAAGCAUGACUAUAAUUCUGUGUGCAAUGUAAGACUGGAACAACAAGAGCAGAAGCCUGUAGCCAGUAAGUUAUCUCAACUGUUCCGUUGGAUGUUCUCACUGGGGAAUGGUGAUAAAAGGUCCCUCGAUGAAUUGUAG